AUGAAUGCAGCUAUUGGUCAUUCCAAGAAGUUUAAUAGACAGAACAUUGAACCUAAUAAUGAAACUGAAUACGUUCCAUCAACCAAGCAAGCAAAGACGACUCCUCGAUCACCACCAAGUAUAACACUACCUAUACCAUCAGUGGGAGGUAGCCAUUCCCAGUGUGCUGUGUGCAAACGUUGUGGCCCGAAACUCGUCGUUGUGCCAACAAAUGCCAGACAUAAUCUGUUUUUGGACAAACUUCUGAUAUUGCCUGUUGGAGCUAGAUGCUGCCCUGGACAUUUGUCCGACAAUGUCUUCAAUACUAAAGCAACAGAACAGAUUUCUGAAUCUAGAUGUACAUCCAUGUUUAACCAUUCAGAUCUAAUGAGCCUAAUUACAGAAAUUCGAGAUAUUGCAAUAAAAGGGAACGAAAAGCGAAUUGAUUUUGACAACGACAAGUCUUUAUCAGAUUCUGACAUCUUAACUCUGACGGGCAUAUCAAGGAGGAACUUAGACGACCUUUGUUUGGAAGUUCAAGGACAACUCCGUGAAUCGAGUACACGCAGUGUUCGCACAUGUUUAGGUAUAUUCCUUACCAAACUGAGAACAGGCAUGCCAAAUAAAAUGUUGUCAACAUUAUUUAAUUUAGGCAGGGACUCUGUACGACGUGCCAUUGCAUCAGCUCGAAAAUAUCUUUCGCAACAUUUUGUGCCAUCACACUUGGGUUUCCAGCACAUCAGCAGAGAAGAAGUCAUAUCGUCACAUACUCGCCCAUUAGCGCAAUCUCUAUUCGGUCAGGGCAUGCAUCCAGCAAUUUUGGUGGCCGAUGGUACUUAUAUUUACAUACAAAAAAGUCAGCAGUUCAAAUUUCAGCGCAAGUGCUACAGUUUGCAUAAACACAGACCAUUGGUAAAACCAAUGGUGUUUGUUUCUACCAGUGGAUACAUUCUUAGUGUGAUUGGCCCCUAUUACAGUGACGGGAAAAACAAUGAUGCCCAAAUCAUGAAACACAUAAUUCAGAAUGACAUUGAAGAAUUUAAACAGUGGGUUUGUGAAAAUGAUGUCAUUAUCGUUGACCGCGGUUUCAGAGACUCGGUCGAACUGCUGCACGAAAUUGGCGUAAGAACAGAAAUGCCUUCUUUUGUAAAAAAGGGUGAAUCCCAACUCCCAGUAGAGGAAAGCAACACCACUCGACUCAUUACGAAGAUACGUUGGAUUGUAGAAUCUGUCAACGGCCGUAUAAAGCAAUGGAAAUAUCUUGAUCGAGUUCUUCCCAACAGUCAAAUUCCGUACGUUGCCGAUUACGUAAAAAUUGUAUGCGCUCUGAUGAACAAGUAUUGGCCAGAAACAAACACAGAAGAUGCCGAAAAGGAAGAACAAUUGGGCUGUAAAAUGUUGCAUCUAUCAAAACAGCAGAAUGUCCUCCAUGAAAGAAUCAAGUCUGAUGGCCUGGAAAAACGAUCUUGCAGAUGGGAAAAAAUCAGUGCCUCCUCUGUUCUUGAAUUUCCUAGAUUAAGUGAAGAGGAUAUUAGAAAUUUGACAGUUGGUGUGUACCAGUUGAAACUUGCGCCAAGCUACACCAGAGAACACUUGGACAGUGAUGGAAGCUUUGACGUUUUGAUAUGCAACCAUGAACCAGACUUACUUUGCGCCAAAAUUCAGUCACGGCAUGUCUCAUCGAGAGGCUACCGAGUUUGGAUUCAGUAUAGUGAAGUUCAAGUAAUUGGAUGGUACUGUCAAUGCAAAGUAGGAAGUCGUGUUGUAGGGACAUGUUCACACGUCACGUCGAUCAUAUGGUAUCUGGGACUUGGUCGAUUCAACGAAAUAAGUUUUGAAAGUCUUCGUGAUUGGAGCAAAUAUCUACUGGACGCACAGGAUAUUCCAGAACCACUCGCCAUCGAUGAAAGUGAAAAUGAAGAUGUGCGUGAGGAAGAAUGA